AUGUCCUGUACCUGCUGCACAAAGCCACUAAGAUCGGCGAGUAGCUUACAAAAAGAUCCCUUCUAUGUUCACACGUCCACGGUGUUUGAUUCUCUGACCUGCCAGUUUCUAACGGACGUCUCGUUCAAAGUGGACCCAACGACUGGUUUAAUCACGCAAGUUCUACACAAAGAGAACGAUCUGCAAGUUUCCACCACCGACAUUGACCUCAGAGGCAAGAUCGUGAUGCCGGGGUUUGUGGACGCGCACACUCAUAUUUUUCUUCAUUCCUACGACGAGGCCGACAACGCCAAGCAGAAGCGGGACGAGAGCUUUGUGGAGCGGGUCAUCCGAGCUACCAAUCACUGCAGAACAGCGCUCAUGGCUGGUUAUACCACUUACAGAGACCUAGGGUCGGAGGGGAUGCAGGAGGCAGACGCAAAUUUUAGAGACGCCGUCAAUAGAGGCAUUGCAGUGGGUCCACGGCUAUUUGUCGCCACGAAGGUGUUGACGUCAGUUGCUGGCAUCAAGACGCACACAGAGAACACAAUUGGGGGCACACGACUGCCUGUGACCAGUGAAGAAUGUGACGGCGAAGAUGAAAUUAGGAAAGCCGUGAGACGGCGAAUUGGACUUGGCUGCGACGUAGUCAAAUUCUUUGCCGACUACCGCAAGCGUAUCAUGCGGUAUCCGCCGGCCAUACCGCACCCAUAUGUCUCGUCGGUGAUGUUCCCGCCAGACAAUCCCAACCCGGAUGUGGUGCUCUACACGCAGAAGGAAAUGAACGUUAUUUGCGAAGAGGCCCGAAACGCAGAUUGUCCUGUCGCGGCGCACUGUGCAACCAACAGAGGCGCAGUGAUGGCUGCAAGGGCCGGUGCACACACCAUCGAACACGGCUUUUGGUGCGACACAGACACUCUGGCAGUGCUAAAGGAAAACCAAUGCAUUCUGGUUCCGACUUUGGCCAUUGCCGAGCGGCUGUAUGGGUCAGCGUUUGCAGGCCUGCUUGCCAAGACACAUGAGGCCUGGAAAAUGGGUUUGAUUCAGGCAUGUGGCGGUGAUACAGGCACUUUCAACCACGGAGAAAACGUGAGAGAGGCAGAACUUUUUUUGGAAGCAGGCAUUCCGCUCGAAGACACUCUAAGGUCGUUGACGUAUCACGGCUGGCUGGCAUGUGGCGGCGAUUUGUGUGGCAGGAAAUUUGGCUGGUUGGCGGAGGGCACCGCCGCCGACAUGGUAGCUCUUGACGAAGACCCUCGGCAGAACGCUAAAGCCUUGCGACAUGUGUCCUUUGUAAUGAAAGACGGCCGCGUGUACAAGAAAGAUGGAAAGCAAAUACUUAAUUAA